UUGCGCGUGUGGCGAGCGAAGAUCUCGCUCGAGACCGAGACGAAGUUACGGGACGCGGAGCCGCUGGAUCGUCAACUCGCAAGGUUCCAACCAACAUGAGUACGCAGGACGAAUGGUCGUCUUUCAAGCUUGUGGAUAAGCAUUUGACGUCAAUCGCACCAGAGGCAACAUUUGAUGCCGCGUCCGACGAAAUCAAAGAAGACAUUCUGCGACUGAUUGUGCAAUACCUCCAAAACGAAGGGUACACGAGUGCGUCGGCAACUAUCCUGGACGAAGCGAAUGUCAAGUUGAUGGAAAAGCAUCAAGAGAGAGAGAUGGUGCGAAAGAUCAGCAAAAGCAUCAAGGAAGGUGACUGGGACUUGGUCGCGAAAAUGAUUCACAAAAAUUCCAACUUGCGCAAGGUUAAGUUUCAUACGCAGCAAGGCCUAGGCUUUCUCUACGCAGUGUGCAAGGAAGAGUACUUGGAGCUCAUCGACCGACAAGAGUACCAAAAGGCAUUCACGUACUUGACGACGCACUUGAAACCGAUGGAGAAGAUCAGUGGGCGGCAAGAGUUUAAAGACCUGUGUUACUUGUUGACGUGCAAGUCUAUCACAGAGGUGGAGUCGUUCCGGGAUUGGGAAGGCGUUGUCAAAUCGCGUGAAAAGUUGGCCGAGCAACUCAAGGCGACGUUUGAACUGGAUGCAGUACCCACGGAGCAUAUCAACAUUCCAGACAACCGAUUAGUGAAUCUACUUCAUCAAAGCGUGGCAUACCAAAUGGAGUUCAGUCGCUAUCACCCCAAGACAGUGCCCAAGGUGUCGACGCUCCUGAGAGAUUUUGAAUGUCAAGUGCUCCCAAACGCUGUCAAGACAACCUUUGUCGGGCAUAGUCAGAACGUGAAGUGCGUAACCUUUGUGGGCCGAGAGGGCACGUACAUUGCGUCGGGUUCGAGUGACAACUUGAUCAAGCUGUGGAGUACUGAGCCCCGGCAUGGAAAGACCGUGAACACAGUGUCGUGGGACUUCCACGGCCAUUCGUCUCGAAUUUGGUACUUGAGCGCCAACAACGCUGGGGAUCAACUAUACUCUGCAUCGGGGGACGGCACAGUCAAGAUCUGGAAUAUCAAGAACGCGAUCUCGUAUUUUGGCGAAGUCGACGGCAACCCGAGCCCGGGCGCCAACCCCCAGAGCACAUCAGACUGCAUUUCGACCAUGACGGGGCAUGCCGGCGACGUGUACACGGUGAACAUUCAUCCAAACGAAACACACCUGGUAACGGGUGGCUAUGAUCAAACGGUGCGGCUGUUCGACAUCCAGACGGGCGCAGUCGUCAAGACUUUCCUUGGCCACAAUGCUUCCGUGUGCGACGCGCAGUUUAAUCGGCAUGCGAAUCUGGUCGUGAGUGGCUCCAAGGACGGAACGGUUCGUUUCUGGGACAUUUUGAGUGGCCUUUGCGUCCACACUGUGCGCCAGACGUUGGGCGAAGUUACGUCGGUGUCGCUUUCGUCGAAUGGUUUAUUCCUCUUGACUGGGUCGCGAAACAACAGCAACAGGCUGUGGGACAUGCGUAUGUUGACGCACCCUCGGUCAACCCUGCAGUCGUCGUCGAAAGAUCUGAAAGCCCCAGCGCAGGCGCCGCCACUUUCGAUGGAACAACGGCCGUUGCAACGGUUCAAAGGCCAUCAAAACACCGCCAAGAACGUUGUCCGUGCGUCGUUUGGCCCGCGCGAAGCAUUUGUCCUUGGGGGGUCUGAAGACGGCGCUGUGUAUGUGUGGGACGUGGCCACAGGCAAAUUGCUAGAGAAAUUGUUAGGCCACAGCGGUGUCACAUACAGCGCCAAGGUUAGUAUACGGCACAUGAAAAGGUCACGGCUGAACGAAUUUUGUAGUGGCAAGAAAAGCAGGCGUUGAUGGCAUCUUGUUCUCAUGAUGGCACAGUCAAGACGUGGUGGUGGCAUGAGCAGCAAGUGGCUCACGCUCUGGGCAAAAAGAAAUAGAAUAGGAGGGUUUAUCGGCGGGAAGGACUCGAUCGACGGUGGCCCACUUAGUGAGACGAGCUGACAUGGUCAAGGCUAUCCAUUGCCACGCGUUCUUAACGGGCUUUAACCAACAGUCGCUUGGCUGCAUCUGUCGAGCGCCAGAAAACGCUGGCACACCGACCGCUUGCCUCAGCAAGGAGGCAUCGCCUUGGCAUUCCACAACCAAGGCUAGUACCUCC